AUGGAACACAUUCACCAAACACAUAAACAACAAUCCAUUAUAACACGAGUAUUUGGGGGAUAUACAAAGCACUCAUCUGACUCCAAAUCAGUUGUUAAAGAAUCUCCACUUACCCAUUUCCUCCAGUCUCCUAAAAGUUUUCUGACAACACAACGUCUUCAAAUUGAAUUGACACGAACGUUAACUAAUAUCAAGCUGAAGGAAGUUCCGGUCAUUUAUUUAAGACCGGACGAUGACGGAAAAUCGCUCGAGCUGGACGACUUAAACUCAACAGAAGAAGAAAAAAGUAAAUUGAUCAAAAUCAAGAAGACGGAGAGUUCACCAUUUUUCUGUAACAACAUCGUCGAUGAAGUUUUUGCGACAUAUUUCAAAGCAAAUGUUGUUAGAGAAAAUAAUGCGGUGAUGAGUGGGUGUGUUGAUUCCUUGAUCAAUUGUGCAUGUAUGGAAGACAGUGAUAUCAUGCGCGCUUUUGUGUGGACGCACUCAUCAUUUAUCACAUCAAACGAGAUGCUUGAAAAGUUUAAAGACCGGUUUGAGAAGUGUUGUUGUAACGAUGGGAUUCUUUCCCAACAAAUCAAAGCACGGAUUAUUAAUGGUGUGAAAUACUGGGUUGAGUAUACAUGGCAAAUGAACAUUAACCAAAGCAUGCCAAUUGUCGAACAAACAAUUUCAUUUGCAUCAUUACUUAGAAAAUACGGUAUGAAAAAACAAGCACUCCUAAUCACAGAUGUUGUCGAUAGAGCACUCAAUGGUAAUGCCGUUGCACUCAUUCAAAUAAUGAAAGACACUAUCCCACCAGUUAUACAAUCAUUACAUUCGGUUUUUAAAUUGAAAAGAAAUGUCGAUGUUAUGGAUUUUCCACCAAAAGAAUUUGCAAAACAAAUCACAGUGUUCACAUCAGAACUCUUUAGAAAAAUCAAGUUGAUUGAGUUUCUUAAGUCGACAUCAAACUCGACAAAAACAGAGUGUUUUAACAUCACCGAAAUGACGAAUUUUUAUAACGCAUUUCAGGCGUAUUUUGCAGAUAUGAUUUUGAAUGAAUCAUCACUCCCAAGAAGAGCACAAAUUGUGUCGAAGUUGUACAUGAUCGCUUACCACUGCUUUUUGUUAAACAACUUUGACACCGUUGUUUGUAUAGUUUCAUUGUUUGAGACUUCCGCACUUCAUCGUUUGAAACGAACAUACAAAAGCAUUAAUAAAGAUGUUGUAAUGUUUUAUGAAAUUGCAAAGAAGGCAACGUCGAUGGAAAACAACUGGAAAAAUCUCCGAACAACAGUAGAGUCUGCAACUGGAGCCGUUGUCCCUUACUUGGGACUGAUACUCAGUGAUUUGCUUUUUACAACGGAUGGCAAUAAAACAAUAACAUCAGACUCCACCGUCAAUUUUGCGAAAUGCAGAAAAUUGAGUGGGAUAGUUAUUGAUGUCCACAGAAUGAAACAAGUGUCAUACAAAAGCACAAUCUUAGUAUCAGAAGAGUACCAAAAAUUCAUAGUGGAAAAUAUCCAGAAAGGACCACACACAGAGAAGAAAGCAAACAACGACUCAAUUCAGUACAACUUGUCGAAGCAACUCGAAGUGACUGACUGCAUCACCACUGAAAUUUUAACCCCAGAAGGCGGAGAGGGAAAAGUACUUUUAUCGGUUGUACUCCCUAAUGAAUGUACUAUACGAAGGUUUCUUCCAAUGAAGAACAAAGUCGCGAUUGGUAAAAUAUUCAACGAUGUCAUCGGGAAGGAAAUCGAUUUUGAGAAGAAGAAAAUCUUUUUCUUCUUUUUGGAGAACCAACCAAACGAAGUCUACGAUGCAGGAAAAAUAACGGAUGAUAUCUUUUAUGAACACACAUUCAAAACCAUCUCUUUUGCAACAGUACUGUCAAACGUGAAGUACAUUAACUGCGUCUUUGAGCUUUCAGGAGUCUACGUGAAUUGCCAAAUACCACUUGACAUGCACAAGCCACUUUACCAACAAUUCCCAAUCAUCCACACAUACUUACUGAAACCAUUCACGUUUGUCCCAAUGAGAAUCUCAAGUGAUUACCUCGUUAAUGGAUUUUUGUGUGUACAAUAUUCACUCAACGAAUAUAAUUGGAACAAAGAGGAAAUCCUCUUUUUGGUCAACAUUGACUCGCUUCCGCUUUACUUCUCCAAUUUGGAUGUCGACGAACUCAGAUUUAAGUCAUUCUGGAAUUUCAAAAAGAUCGACGUGACACUCUUGGAGCAAGCAGAAAGCGAACAAAAAGACGUCUAUUCACUUUUAACUGUUGACCAAUUUAUGCUCAUUUACAAGAACAGAAUAUUCCAAUAUUGUUUCCCACUUGAUUUUGUUCAAGUCUCGUUGAUAGUCAAUAUUCCCAACUUUGUGAUGAAAGUGCAAUACGACUAUCCGUAUGAAAUUAUUGAGAGCACCACUUCAUUUGCAAAAAGAAAUCCAAAAAUUGAAAUUAAAUUCAUUGGUGACGACUAUAACAUCGAACACAUCCAAGAGUUCAUUUUCCACUUGCACAUGUCACACCCAAAAUUCAAUAAAUACCAAAUCUUUGGAAUAAACCCCGAGUUUGUUGUUCAAAGUAGUGCAUAUCACAUCCCAAAAUUUGUCGAGGAGCUUGUGACAGCGCUUUACUUUAAAGACAAUUUCUUCGAUGAAAAGUUCUUUGAACACGAAGCCACGGAGGACGCUCUUUGUGUUAUAGAAAAGGUCGAGAGUGGCGGAGAAGUUGUUUUGUCUUCACUCCCAUACCAGACACUAUCCACUAUCUUUUUCUUGUAUUUGUAUUCUCUUAACAUCCCACUGUUACCUAUCGAUGACAUUGAUAAGUUAGCUGAUUUUAAUAAGAUGAAUCCAGAAGAACAAAAAAGCACAGUGAUCAAUUUGUACAAAACAAGUGCUCCAUCGAUGAGAGGUCUACUCAACACAAUCAUGGAGUUGUUUGUUGUUUGGCUUUUACCAAAUCCAUCGAAACUUCCAGCACUCAAGACGUUUGCAAAAUUGCUUUUUGUCGAAUUGGUGGAGGAUGAUGUCGCCGAAUCAAUAUUCAACAUUUUGGUCUUGCUCUACCCAUCACUUCCAGCUCUGGAAAUACCACAAACCACUUUUACAGAAAUGAUACACAACUACACAUUGAACCCUAUUAUGGACGAGGAAGUCAGAAACAAACACAUCGAUGAUAUUAAAGAAAGUUUUUCAAACAACACACCACAAGCAAAAUUGCUCCUCCACAAAAAUUCACAUUUUACACUCGAGAAGAACCCAACAAGAAAACCAUUCAAAAAAAUUGACACCAUGACGUUGAGACAUUCAAAGGAAAGAAAACUCAAAAUCGGCAAAAACCGCACAGGGACACUCCAAAACGAAGAAGCACCGAAUAUUGCUACACUGCAAGAAAAAGCCAAAUCACCGAACUUGCCAUAUACAGACAAAAGCAUAACGAACUUCGAAACUGAUUCCUCAAAAUUCCGGAGUGUCUCAUUGUCGCCUCGCCUUCGAAGCUCUCCAAUUAAACAAUUUACAACAGUGGAGGAAGGAAAGUCUUGUGAAGAAAAACAAGAGGAGGUGCAACCGAGCCAAGUCUCCCCCCGAAUCUGCUUAACGACUAAAAAGGACAUUGUAGAGGAGUCGUCUGGCUCUGUUUCCAUACAAAGCCCAGUCACUCCAAAUUUCCAACUCCAAGAGGAGUCGUCUGACAACUCAUGUAAAUGCGAUGUUAAAGUCGACGCACCACCAACAACACCAGCAUUCAGUAAACCAAAACCUCCCACCCUCCCAAAAAGACCAAACUUUAAAGCACCAAUGCCACCUAGUGGCUCACAAAAAGUCGAAAGAAAAUCAAGUCAGACAGUAUCACCUUUAAAAGUCGCCGAGAGAACGUUGUCUUUUUCGUCAACACAUGUGAGCAUGUCACAAACACCAAAAUCACAACCAGCAGGAGGUCCAUAUAUCAGAACAAACCAAAGAACAGCAUCCAACUUUGAAGAAACAAGAAAAAUGUUUGGUGCCCCCGCAACUAAAGAGAAGCCACCUUUGCCUCGGAGAAAAGAAACUCAAGAACAAAAUUGA